CAAUCCCGAGCUCAUGCGGGAAAGCCAGCAUGAGGACGGACUGGUAGAGGACGGCUUUGAUGUCGGCGUCAAGCAGCACUGUGCUGGUCAUCCACUUGUCCGCCGACUGGUACCCAUCGAGCAGCUCCAGCUGUAGCCACUGGUCGCCCCGCCCACGUGCUGCUGUGGUCGAGGCGAUGUGGUCGGGGACGUCGACAAGGUCCGUUGCGCAAACACUCCAUCUUUCCCCGAACGAGAUGCGGCGGACCGAACGGAGGAAUGCCCAGACCCAAAAGAAUUCCGAACCAGCUUGGCGAGAAAGCGAAACCGAGCCAGCAUUUAAACAAUUUCGCUGGGGUCGUUGCGAUGCAUUCAAAGAAGCGCAAAGGCGGCGCUGGUCCCCUCUCUGCCGCCGCUGACGAGUCACCCCUCGAGACAUUCCCCUCUUCGGCUGGCCAUCGCUCGACAAGAAUGUGUCCAGUGCACUCGAAGCGCUCAGCGCCAUCGAAGCGGCCAUUCAACAGGCCCGCCAGCAGCUGCAGGGGGAGGUCAGUUCGACGCGUCAGCUCAUCGAGAGCAACGGCGGCCGGCUGCCGAAGAAGGUGAGCGGGGAGGUGGAGAUCAACGUGGGAGGGACGGUGUUCACCAUCGCAAGGAAGAAUUUGGUGCUUGAGGGUGUUAAUGAGACGAACUUCGCCCGUUUGCUGCUGUACCAUCUCGAAUGGCUGCCUGAGGACGAUGAGGGACGGCCCUUUCUCGAUGCAUACGCCCCAUACUUCACAUGGUACAAUGCACACACGAGGAUCGGAUGGCGAGGGAAAAAUCAGCUCGGCUGCAUCCGGCUGUGUUGUGCCAGGUUGGUUGAUCAGCUGGACGUUGUCGCCUCAGCCAACUCGCAGGGCGUGCGCCGUGACGCAUCCGACAUCGAGCUCGACCCUCCCCACGACACAGAUCCCUCUUUCGUGUGCUACCACGAGCUGUUCUUCACCACCCAAGACGAGUAUGAGAUGGAGGUGGACGACGAUUUCAACUUCGAUGAGGACGACGAGGAGGAGGGCGAGGGCAAGAAGGCGCUGAAGGGGGUGCGGGGCAAUGUCGGCACAUUCCGCGAGGCUCUGCGGGGCCUCAAGGCUUCAGAGAAGGGCAUCCAGCGCUUCUACGAGAAGAUGGCGCCAUUCUUCAAGUAUGGAGAUCCCAAGCAGACAACUGUCUGACAACACGAGUACAAGCCUGUCAGGUCGAUUCGUUUUCCUGUGGCCAUCAGGUCUGAUGGUGAGGAGGGUCGUGGCGAUGGGGAUGAUGUCAUGAGUGUGACGGUGAUGCCGCGGGGCGAGACCGUCGCCACCACACAGGCCACCCUAUCGCAGCUGGGGCAAAACCACCUCCUGCAUAAGAGAUUCUCUACGUAAGCAGGCCGAGGGAAGGAAGAUGGGGAGCACAGGUGCGCAUCCAUUGAGUUUGUGUUGUGUUUCCAGGCGUGCUGAUGGAUGGGGCACACUGCCGGUCAAGCAGACGAGCAGCGAGCACUUCCAGAAGAUCCUCGACUUCGCCCGCAGACGGCGGCUCGCUCCACGCGGCACCGUCAUCGAGGCCCCCGCCACCGUGGCCCGCAACCGAGGCCCGCUCGAUCGCGACCUGCAGAUGUAUUCGAUGCCCGUGGAUGACGCCUACAAGUCGUUCCUGGGCAAGGACGAGAUGCGCAAGCUGCUCGCCUUCACCGAGAAACACAAGCCCAUCAAGAAACUACUCUACUCGUAAGCCCCGCCAUACACAAUGCACGAGGCAGCUUGCAUUGGAUUCCUUAUCAUGCAUGUGCCAGGUCUGUCCGUGAUGGCUCGGACGCGGACGCGAUGCGCGACAGGAUUGACGGUAAGGAGGGCCUCCUCGUGGCCAUCCAGGGCAAGAAGAAUGGCGAGACGCAGCGCCAGCAGUUCGGCGCCUUCAUCAACGGCCGCAUUCAUGAGAGCAUUGCGGAGAUGAAGGAGGCCAACACGCUGCCGUCUUUCUUCUCCUUGGAUGGGGAGACGGGCGAGCCGGUGAAGAUGGACAUCAUAGAGAAGCUGGGGGAGGCCGCAUCCGAGAACAGCGAGGGCGGGGAGCCGGCGGCCGUCACCCAUGGGGUGGUGAUGAUGGAGUUCUUCCCGUCUCGUCUGACGAUGACACAUGCCAUUCUCCCUGACGGCAGUGUCACAGGCGGCGGCUUCUUCGCAGAGCAGCAGCUGAACGCCACAGCGGCGGCGAUCACGACCGUCCCUCGAUUUGAUCCAGCCAGCGCAACCAAUUCCAUCUUCGCGGAGCCGUGUGUUGAGAUAUGGCAGGUGAGUCCAGCGGGUGGCAUGGGAGCGAAACGAGGAGUAACUCACAUGGUUGUGUCUUCUGUGUCGGCCAGGUUGGGAGCAGACAGGACUGAUACCACUUCAAAAACAACAUCGGCCGCGCCAAGGUCAGGAGAAAGCGAUGGAAUGGAAUGGAUGAGUGGGUGGGUGUUCACUCUCGUUUCUUUGGUUGGCUGCAGCUGCCGGCCCUGACUGAUCGCAGUUGAGACACAAGCAGACUUGGCUUUUCCCCAGCCCACAGACCGACCCAUCAGACCGAUGCGCUCUUGCAUGAUGGACUGCAUGCAUGUCAUAUGCAUAUGAAAUGGAAGACACGCUUUAUGAAUGUCCAUUGCUGGCAAUAGAGCCCUUUGCCGUCGGUGCCCUCCAUUGCCAGCAAUAGACCCUCAUUGCC